AUGUCCAAGCCUGAGCUGAGCCUGGCCAGCGAGCUUACUCGUUCACCAAGCCAUCAUCUCAACCUCGAGAAGGACAAGCACCAUGCCGUUGAGCGCAGUCUUUUGCGCUCCGUUUUCAUUGUCGUGGCCUGCACCGCUGUAUUGGUGGUCAACGCUUCUAAUUCCACUUCUGUCUCUAUCUCGCUCCCAACCAUCGAAAGGGACCUAGAUAUUGACGAAGCACAGCUGCAGUGGGUUGUAUCUGCCUAUUCGCUUAGUUCGGCUUGCCUUCUCUUAUUCUUUGGUAGAUUGGCGGAUCUCUAUGGUCGAAAAAGGGCGUUCGUAAUCGGUAAUGUCUGGCUAGUCGCCUUGUCUCUUGGUUGUGGCUUUGCACAAAAUGGUCUUAUCCUGGCCGUCUUGCGCGCCUUCCAAGGCGUUGGUGGCGCCGUUACAAUACCCUCUGCAGAAGUUUUCAUCCAAGCGCGCUCAAUAGCAUUUGCAACUUUUGCAGCGGGUGCUCCUGUUGGAGGCGCAUUUGGCGGGGCGAUAGGCGCCGUCCUUGUAGAAUUUUCUCCGACGCAUUGGCGCUCCGUAUUCUAUUUGACUGCUGGAAUUUCUGCCCUAACAGGAAUUACCGGUAUGAUUUCAUUCGACGCGGAUGUUCCCUCAACGGAAAUCGUGGAACGUGUCGACUGGAUCGGGGCCUCGCUUGUCACCAUCGGUUUGGUGUUAAUUGUAUUUGUACUUGGUCAAGGAGAACUCGCCUCUCAAGGCUGGAAAACUCCGUAUAUUAUUGUGCUUCUCAUCGCCGGGGUUAUCAUGGUUUCACUGUUCCUGCAUUGGGAACGACACUUGGAGCAAGUUCAAGAUGAUCCAUCUAGAACACCGUCCGCAUGGACACCACCGCCACUGAUGAGGCCCUCGACUUGGACGCGAGCCAAAGGUCGGAUGGCUGUUAUCCUCGCCAUCGCAUUCUUAGAAUGGAGCGGAUUCAUGAGCUGGCUCUUCUGGAUGCAGGCAUGUCGACUUCAUUCUACCUUGUCGGGACUUGUACUAUCAGAACUACUUGUCACUCACACCGAUACAAAGUAUGGUCCGGCAAAUUCCAAUGCCCAUUUUCGGCUGUUUGUAUGGACUCCACACGAGGAAUGUAUUACAUGUGAAGCUAACUCGUCGUCCACGUCUGCCGGCGUCCUGUUUGCCCUGAUUGAUCCAUCUGCCACGUACUGGUCCUUUUGCUUCCCGUCCGCGGUUCUUGUCGUGUUUGGCGCUGAUUUUGUGUACUCAUCUGGUACACUUUUCAUCGCCAAGCACGCGCUCCCACAUGAGCACAGCGUGGCCGGAGCGCUGUUCCAAACUAUGACACAGUCUGUUGACCUUGGCGUCACUGUCAAUUCCGCUGGCACCAACGUGCCUCGGUCCGCACAGCUUGCGGGAUAUAGAUCUGCACAAUGGACUUCCGCUUCAUUGGCACUCAUGGCCGCGCUGUUGGCAGGGCUUUUCCUUCGCAGUGUGGGGAUUGUGGGAGACAAGAAAAUUAUCGAGCAUACUGACUCUGAUCAGACCAAGACGGUACAGCCUGAAUUGAAUGGUGCCAAAACACCGUCCACAUCCAGCUCAGCAGAUAUCAUCACCUAG